AUGCUCUUCUCUCGCACCUAUGCGACCUCGCACCAGCUCGAGCAGCAGCGGCUAUCCUCUCCUGCCGGUCCACCCGUCCCCUCUCUUCAUUCGUCCCAAUCUCGCCGAGAAAUCCCCGACGAGCUGCGAACGGCGUCUGUCAUCGGAGAGGAAGACCCUUUCCUCGCUCCGGCAGCAGACAUGACGGGCGGGAUCGAGACGCUCCUCGAGGAGGAACAGCCCGACUUGAUGGCGUUCGACGACGUCCUCGACGAUGCUUUCGACGAAGUUGCGGUGCCGCCACAGAAGAAGCAGGCCGAAGAACGGGGAACGCUCAUCGAUGCGUCGCCCAUUGCGGAGCAGGUCGAGCAGGUUCCCGCUGUCGAGGCUGGACGACCGCGAUCAGACGUUGUCGUGAAGAUGCUUUUCCCGAGCGCCCGCCUCCCGCAACCCGCCUCGAAGCGCCUCUCCCUCCCCGUCUCCCAAUCGGCCGCCUCCUCUCAACCCUUCACGAAGCGCACCUCUCUCCCCGGCCACUCCUCCCACUCCUCCCUCUCCUCCUCAACCUCCCGCAAGACCCUCUCCUCCUCACAUGCCUCCCUCCGCUCAUCCCAAACCUCCGCAACCUCUCUCGCAGCAAGAGAGGGAACUCUCCUCGCCCUCCCACUCGCAGACCAGCUUCGCACGCUCAAAGCGCGCAAUAGUCAGUUGGCCAAGACCUUGGCGACGCAGCAGGCUACGAAUGCGAAAGCGUUGGAGAGGAUCAGGCAGUUGGAGGAGGAGAAGGAGAGUGGGAGGGUUGAGGCGGAGGGAUGGGAGGCUGAGGCGCAGAGACUUGCUGCGGAGCUUGCGAGCGGCUCGUCGGCGCCGGCGCAGGUCAAGGCACCGGCGGAGGACGACGAGAAAGCCGACCUCGUCGCACGCGUCGCGCUCCUCGAACGCCAACUCGCCAUCGAGUCUUCGAAGCGUCGUCGUGCGAAAGAGAUGCAGCACAAGUUGCGCUGCGAACUGGUCAAUCGCCGAUGGAAGGAGAAGUGGGAGGUCGAGUUGCUCGAGCGUGAGGAGAGGAGGUGGGAGGUUAAGUGUGUUGAGUUGGAGCACGAGGCGGCGAGGGAGAGGUAUGAGAGGGAGAUGGAGAAGUUGGAGAGGGAGGAGUUGCAGGAAACCGUCGCCGAGCAACUCAAGUCCCUCUCCGCCCUCUCAGCCUCGCGCCAACUCCUCCUCACCUCCCACCGCACCAGCGAAUCUACCAUCUCCACCUUGCGUGCGGACCUCUCCUCUCUCCGGCUGGAACUCGACUCCACCCUUGCGCGGCUGGAGGAGCAGAGUGCGCUGGUGGCGGAGUUGGAGGAGAUGAAGGAGGAGGUGGAGAGGUUGCGGAAGGGUGAGAAGAGUGGGAGUGAGCGGGGUAAGGAGGCGGAGAAGGAGCGCGCGAGGAGGGAGAGACUCGAGGCUGAAGUCAAGGAUCUCAAGGCCCAACUCAAAACCACCCAAUCCGCCCUCAAACUAUCCGAGAAAACCGCUUUCUCCGCACAAUCCGCUCUCGCAGCGCUCGAGUCCGGCCUCGAGAGGAGUAGCAGCACGGUCAAGGCUGGUGAGGGAGAGAAGAGACCUGUCGCUGCGGCUGCGGCUGCGAAGCGCGCGAAGAAGAUCGUGGAGAAGGAGCCGGAGCCGGAGGUCGUGGAGGAGGACGAGGUCGUCAGCGCUGCGGAGGAGGUCGCUACGGACGUCGAGUCGGUCGCCGCCCUCGAGUCCGAGCCGGAGCCCGAGCAAGAGCAGGACGACGAGGAGACGUACAAGCCGGUCAAGAGCAAGUCUCGCAGUGCGCCGGCCCCGAAGGUCCCCAAGACUGCUGCAGCUCCGAAGGCGACGAAGAAGGCCACCAAGCCUGUCGUCGAUCUGGCGGACGAAGACGACCUCCCUACGCCGAAGAAGAAGGCCGCUCCCGCAGCCGACUCGAAGAACCGCAAAGCCGGCGUGUUGGGCGACAAAUCCGCGAAUGUCUCUCUGAGUGCGCGCGCGGUCGGCGGCGGUGUGGAAGGCCACGAAGGCGGUGGCGUGCAGCUCAAGGUGAAGAAGAAGGCCAAGAAGGGCGUCGUCUCGCGGCUGUCGCUCGACUCGGACGAGGACGAGGACAGGCCCGCGAAGAGGAGGAAAGACGAGGAUGUCGAGCCGCUCGUCAAGAAGAAGAAGAAGAUUGCGCUGUUUGGAGGGCCCAAGUCGCGCUUUGCGUUCCCCAUCGAGAACGCGGACGCCAACUCGCUGAUCCCGGUCGACUUGUCGCCUAUCAAGAAGGACGUCGCGAAGAAGUCGUCCGUCCUGAGCGCGUUCGGCGGCGGCGGCGCUGGUCGCAAGGGUGCCUCGAUCUUUGCCUAA